CAGUAGUUCACAGCAACUUAACAACCACAACUACAGCCACGACGACUGGUACCGACACUUUCAAAGCCCUCUUUUUCUUCAGCGGUAUCGCACUUGUGAGGACAUUCUCUCGCUCAAGAUGGUCGAAAGAAAGUAUAUCACUUACAACCAGGUUCACAAGCUCUGCCAGAACGCAGCACCAAAGAUCUUGGAUGAGUUUAAGCCGAAUCUCAUGAUUGCCAUCGGUGGUGGUGGAUAUGUGCCAGCCAGAAUUCUCCGCUCCUUCCUCAAAACUCCCGGAAGCCCCAACAUUCCCAUCCAGGCAAUCGGUCUCUCCCUCUAUGAGAAGCUCUCGGAGGAAGGACCGGAAGAGGAGAUCGGCACAAAGGUUACCCGCACUCAAUGGCUCGAUUUCACAUCUCUCUCCAAUACCGACCUCAUUGGCAAGAAUAUCCUCAUUGUCGACGAGGUUGACGACACAAGAACUACAUUGCAGUACGCGGUCCAGGAGUUGAGCAAGGACGUGCAGCUACAGGCGGAGAAGCUGAGCGGGAAUCAACCGAAGACGAAUUUCUUUAUUUUUGUGUUGCACAACAAGGAUAAGUCUAAGGGAGGAAAGUUGCCGGAAGAGAUGGUCAAGGAGGGGCGGUAUCUUGCGGCCGAGACGGUCGGUGAUGUUUGGUGUUGUUAUCCUUGGGAGGCUAUUGACAUCGACGAGCAUGAUCGACUCGCUGCCGCUGGAGAAGCCGCCGCGCAGAAAAAUGGCACAAAUGGAACAAAUCAUUAGAAGCUUUACUGGUUCUACUUUUAUUUUUUCCCUUUCCCAUCAUCAUCUUUGUGUUUCCCUUUUACGGCUUCUUCUUGGCACAACCUACGGUAAACCGACCAGUUCUCACCGGCGCAGGUGAUACUAACUAGCGCCAAUGGCUACUCUUUAUCCCGUACGCUAUCACAAUGUUCUUUCAUGAAUUGGGUCCAGUGGGCCGCAUCCUAAACUGAAGCCAUAUUCCGGUU